AGGGUGUGGCUUGUUUCUAAUAGCAACCGGGUAACAACAAUGGCUGCAGCUAGCAGCAAGCCAAAGACCCUGAUAUAUAAUUGGGUAGAAGAGAGACAAUGCGAGCCGUUAGAGACAGGGAACAGGAAUCCUGACGGUACACUGUGCACUAAUCUACACAGAGUAGGACAUAAAGGUUUAUUAUCUGUGCAUUCUGAUAGCAGUACAAUGGAGACUGCUACUACUAGUGGAGUGUCCUAUACCCCAUCAGUUCAUUCGGAUGAGUUUAAAGAGCUAAGAGGAGGAGGAGAAGGAGGGAAGAGAGAGAAUAAGCUUAAAAAGGAACUAUACAAGCUAGUAGAAUCAGAGCUAGAGGAAGAGAUAGUCAAAGCCAUGCCGCCUCCUUUUGAUUUUAAAACAGUAACAAAACAGGACUUUAUGGCAUCAGGAUUCAUACCACAAGAGAAAGAACAGGUACACAAUUUUGAGGAUGAUUCAGCAACUUUCUGGCGACACAACAUUCACUCAAUCACAGGCGUGUCUCCAGUGGUCGACAGCUCAAGUCCUUUUAAACGAAAUACAGCAUUUAGCACACCAAUUGAACAAAGACUAUAUGACAAUUGAACAACAUUUAUUCUAUUCCUUUAUUAUUAUUAUUAUUUCAACUGAAAAUACUAUACUACAGACACUAGCUAUUCUUGAUAUUCUAUUAAAAAUCGACCACU